CCGAGGUUAGCCGCUAGUGUGAGAUGCCGCCCGCUGCGAGGCCGCCGCUGCUGCAGGAGGCGCGGCUCCUCCCCGGCCACAAGGGCUCCGUCAACGUUGCGCUCUUCAACUCAGACGGCAACUACUGCCUCUCGGGCGGCGACGACCGCCGCAUCUUGCUGUGGAACCCGCGGCGCGAAGAGGCGGCAGAGCCGAUCAAGACGUACACGGGGCAUAACGAGCGCGUGCUGGGGCUGGCGGUGGCGCACGACAACGGCAGCUUCGCCUCGUGCGGGGGCGACCGCUCCGUCUUUGUGUGGGACGUCCCUUCCGGCCGCGUGCUGCGGCGCCUGUCGGGCCAUUCUCAGCGGGUCAACGCGGUCGCCUAUGCCGGCGAGGGCUCGUCGCUGCUCGUCUCGGCGUCGUACGACACGACGGCGCGCUGCUGGGACAUGCGCUCGCGCAACGCGGCCCCGGUGCAGAUUCUCGAGGGGGCCGCCGAUUCGCUCAGCGCGGUGGCCGUCUGCGGCGCCGAGAUCCUGACUGCGUCUGUGGACGGCGUGCUGCGGACGUACGACGCUCGUGCGGGCUCGCGCACGGCCGACACGCUCGGCGCAGCGCUGACGCACGUGGCCCUGUCCGGAGACGGCCACUGCGCCUUGGCCGGCAGCCUCGACGGCUCGCUGCGGCUGCUCGACCGCUCCAACGGGACGCUGCUCAACCGGUACAGCGGCCACACGAACCGUCAGUUCAAGCUGGGGGCGUGCCUGUCGCACGACGACGCGCUGGUCCUCUCGGGCUCCGAGGACGGCUCUCUCUACGUCUGGGACCUGGUGGAGGCGCGGCUGCAGGCACGCAUCCCGGCCGCGCGCGGCGCCGUCACGUCGGUGGCGUGCGACCCGCGCCGGCUCGAGGUGCUGACCGGCUCCCACGAUGGGGCUGUCAAGCUCUUCACGCCGGGCUGAUCUGUAAGACAUUUUCGAAGAUCUGCUCUACCUCUA